AUGGCAAAAACAAUAACAACACUAGCACCAUCGCUGCCAACGCCACCACCGACAACAACCGCACGGCCAACAACCGUAACACAACGAAUGACAACGUCAACUAUCGUCAUAACUUCAACGGUAACUACAUACAGUUCAACAAGCACAAACGUCAACGGCACAGCAAAAUCAACUGCGACAUCAACAAAUGGAAAUGGCAAUCAUAAAAUCAACAACUAUGAAAUUCAUCAGCAGCAAACUGUCAGGAAGCGGCGACAGAAACCGUACACGGCCAGUACCACAGUUGGCCACCUCGGCUGUUUUGUGUGGGAAAGCACAAAUCAAGCUGCAACAACAACAACACUAACAGCACAACGCCAACAGCAAUAG